CGGGUCGGGGCAGCGGCGGCGGGCGGGAGGCGCCGGGCGCAGGGCAGGGCAGGGCAGGGCAGCGCAGGGCGGCCCCGGGCCGCAGCGGCUCCUUGCCGGGGCUGGAGCGGCUCCUUGCCGGGCCGGAGCGCCUCCCGGCGGCGGGGCCCGCGGCCCGGCCUGCUCGCCAUGAACAUCGACGUGGAGUUCCACAUCCGCCACAACUACCCCUGGGCCCGGCUGCCCGCCAGCGUCAGGCAGGGUCUUGGAAACUCCCAGAGGGAAUAUGAGAGGCAAGUGGUGCUCUACAGCAUCCGCAAUCAGCUGCGGUACAGGAAUAACUUAGUUAAGCAUGUCAAGAAAGAUGAACGUAAAUAUUAUGAAGAUCUGUUAAAAUACAGUCGAGAUCAUCUCAUGUUGUACCCCUAUCAUUUGUCUGACAUCAUGGUGAAAGGUCUGAGGGUAACACCAUUUUCCUAUUACACUGGGAUAAUGGAGGAUAUAAUGAACAGUGAAAAAAGCUAUGAUUCUUUACCCAACUUCACUGCUGCUGACUGUCUAAGACUUCUUGGCAUAGGAAGAAAUCAGUAUAUUGAUCUAAUGAACCAAUGCAGGUCUUCAAAAAAAUUUUUCAGAAGGAAAACUGCCCAUGAUCUGUUGCCUGUGAAGCCCGUGGAGAUUGCUAUAGAGGCGUGGUGGGUCGUGCAGGCUGGUUACAUCACUGAGGACGACAUCAAGAUUUGUACUACAUCAGAGAAGUCUGCUAUUGAUAAGAUAAUUGAUUCAGGUCCUCAGCUUGCUGGUUCCUUAGACUUCAAUGUAGUUCACAGUUUGUAUAACAAAGGAUUUAUUUACCUUGAUGUACCAAUAUCUGAUGACAGCUGUAUUGCAGUGCCACCACUCGAAGGUUUUGUGAUGAACAGAGUGCAAGGUGAUUACUUUGAAACACUACUGUACAAGAUAUUUGUUUCAAUAGAUGAACAUACUAAUGUGGCAGAGCUGGCAAACGUGUUAGAGAUUGACUUAUCUUUAGUAAAGAAUGCUGUGUCCAUGUAUUGUCGGCUAGGCUUUGCUCAUAAAAAAGGCCAAGUAAUAAACCUGGAUAAUCUUCAUCCAUCAUGGAAGAAUGUUCCUUCUGUAAACAGACUGAAGAGUACUUUGGAUCCUCAAAAGAUGCUGCUUUCAUGGGACAGUGGGGAAAACAGAAGUCCUAUACAGGAAGCUGGGUCAUCAGCCACAGAUACAGAUACCAACAGUCAAGAUGAUCCAGCUGAAACAGCCAGUGUGAGCAGCCUGAACCUGUCCAGUGGACACACAAAGCGCAUUGCCUUCCUGUUUGAUUCCACUCUCACUGCCUUUUUAAUGAUGGGAAAUCUCUCACCAAACUUAAAAAGUCACGCGGUCACUAUGUUUGAAGUUGGGAAACUAUCAGAUGAGAGUCUUGACAGCUUCUUGGUGGAACUAGAAAAGGUUCAGAGCACAGGGGAGGGGGAAGCACAGCGAUACUUUGACCAUGCCCUUACACUGAGAAACACGAUCCUGUUCCUGCGGCACAAUAAAGACCUGGGCGCGCAGGCUGUGCAGCCUGACCAGCCAAAUAACGGAUUUCCCUUGGACCUGUUACGAUGUGAGAGUUUGCUUGGUUUGGAUCCAGCUACCUGCAGCAGAGUUCUCAACAAAAAUUACACUCUGCUGGUUUCCAUGGCACCACUCACCAAUGAAAUUCGACCUAUUAGCAGCUGUACACCCCAGCAUAUUGGGCCUGCAAUACCAGAAGUCAGUUCAGUUUGGUUCAAACUGUAUAUAUACCAUAUAACUGGACAAGGACCACCCUCCCUGUUGCUCUCUAAAGGAACACGUCUUCGAAAACUCCCAGACGUUUUUCAGGGUUACGAUCGCUUACUAAUUACAUCUUGGGGUCACGACCCAGGAGUAGUUCCUACUUCAAAUGUGCUCACAAUGUUGAAUGAUGCUUUAACUCAUUCUGCUGUUCUAAUUCAGGGUCAUGGCAUGCAUGGAAUGGGAGAAACAAUACACAUACCUUUCCCUUUUGAUGAAGCUGAGCAACAGGGAGACUUCUCUCGUGUGAACAUGGGCAUUCAUACAGCUUUAAAAAUACUGAGAAACAAAGUGGACUUGCAGCAUUUUUGUGGCUAUGUCACAAUGUUGAAUCCUUCAAGUCAACAUGCUAACAGAAAGCUGAGUGAUGCUUCUGAUGGAAGAGGAGAGACUGAACUGGCAUCAGGGUCUGAUGUAAAUGGGAGCACAGAAUCAUUUGAGAUGGUAAUAGAAGAGCCCUCAAUAGAUUCUGCAGUCAAGCAAAGCCUUGAAGUACCCACAACUGAACUGGAAUGGGUUCCCCUGGAAUUAUGCUUUGGCAUUCCACUUUUCAGUUCUGAAUUGAAUCAGAAGGUCUGCAGAAAAAUUGCCACUCACGGAUUAUGUAGAAAAGAAAGCCUUCAAAAACUCUUACAUUCCAGUAGAAAGCUGUCUCUUCAGGUCCUUAAUUUUGUUCAUUCAUUCCAGGAAGGUAUUUCAACGCUGGAUCAGCUCCAUGAUGCUGGCUCUUCAAGUUCACUUCUGCAGCCAAUUUCUGCAGACAUGGGUGUUCCUCUUCCUGCCAAGAAUCUCAUGUUCAAGGAAGGUGUAUUAUCUGAAUGGAAUGGAUGGGCUCCUUCCUCAGUUUUUUUCAACCACACCUAGGGAAAAGGUCAAAUAGAGGUUCUUGUGUAUUGAUCACUAAAUGCCUUUCUUCUAUUAUGGUUAAUUCCUAGUGCCAACCACUAAGAAGUGUAUGCUGCUGCUGCAGCAUAACCCAUGUAAAAAUAGUGUUACAAAAUGUGUUG